AUAUAUUCGGCAUGUGUAAUGCAACAACCGCAAUGGACGUAGAUAGGCGGCCGGUACACCCCUAAGACGGUCAAGGAGAACGUGAUUUCUCCAGAGGAAGGUUCAGGUGGAUUCUUAUUGAUCACUCUGAAGGAAAAGUUGAUAACGUUCUUGUCAUGUUUAUGAGGACUCAACAAUAAGCUUCCUGGUUUGUUCACUGGGCAACAUGGAGGUCUCCGUGCUCGGCGUGCUGCUCUGUGUCUCCACGUUGGACAUUGUGUCAGGCACCUGUCCUGAAGGAACAUACGGCUACCAAUGCGGUUACCAAUGUCAUUGUCCUUUGGAAAAAUGCAAUGCUACCAGUGGCUGUAGUCCUGGAGAUUGUGACAUAGGCUGGUCAGGACUGACAUGUCAGAAAAGCAAUAUUGCACUUAACAAAUCCACAUCAGCCAGCUCAGUCUAUGACUUUGGGGAUCCAGGCAAUGCUGUAAACGGUGACAACAGCGCAAGCGACCAUGAGAAGUGUUUUCAUUCAGACUGGGAAGACAACAAUAUAACACAGGCAUGGUGGAGAGUGGACCUUGGGGAGAUGGUCAGAAUACAUUAUGUCACAAUAUACUUCAGGACAAAAUAUAUAGUUCGUCGGAAUGGUAUCCAGAUCUACAUAGCUGACACUGUCGCCUCCCCAACUGAUGGAGUCAACUGCUACACCGUGACAGGGAACAUCAACGGGACAGACAUACCUGAUGUUUUGAAUGUCACGUGUUCUGGCGAAGGGCGCUAUCUGGUCUUGUACACCAUCACUGUCAACAACGAAAAAUACGUACCUAUCAUGGAUUUCUGUGAAGUGGAGGUUGACGUCUGCAGCAAUGGUACUUUUGGAGAUGACUGUGCCAACUACUGCCACUGUGACGGCGAGGUGUGCGACUACGUCAGCGGCAUCUGCCCCAGUGGAGUCUGUCUACCUGGAUGGACAACAGCAGCGUGUGAUACAGUAUGCCAAUUUGGCUACUAUGGAGCCAACUGUAGCAAGAUUUGCCAAAAUAGGAACUGCCAAGGCGACAGCUCUAGCUGUGACCACGUGGCAGGAGAGUGUGUUAGAGGCUGUACGGCAGGUUGGAAUGGAACAGACUGUACACAGGAAUGCCUUCAUUCUUACGGCGACGGCUGUUCCAAAUUUUGCUCUGACAGGAAGUGCUCUGAGUCCUCGUCAGGUAGUUGUGAUCACGUGACCGGAAUGUGUGAAGGUGGUUGCAGAAGCGGUUGGAAGGGCACUGACUGUACAGAAGCAUGCCAGGUGGGUGUUGAGUAUGGAGCUAAAUGUUCGGGUAACUGCAGUGCCCGGAUGUGUGAGGGAGGGAAUGACACAUGUCCCAAUGAUUCAGGCCGCUGUGAAAACGGAUGCCAGUCAGGGUGGAAGGGAGAAGACUGCACUCAAGUGUGUAGUUUUGGUUCAUUUGGUGCCAACUGUACAGGAGUUUGUGGUCAGUGUGUGGACGUCAGCACCUGUCACCAUGUCAACGGUUCCUGUCUGAGUGGAUGCAGUGACGGAUGGACUGACCACAACUGUACACAAAAGCUAGUUGAAGAACCGCCGACGACUGCAGGUAUCAUAGCUGGAUCUGUAGUUGCUGUCAUUGUUGCUGCAGCCAUCGUCGUGGCCGUGGUCGUCAUGAGGCGACGAAGAGGACACCAUAAGGAGUCUGGGAGACACACCAGUAUGGUCCAAAUGCAGAAAGAAGAGGACACAGAAGAGGCGGGAGUGGACAACCCUGUGCCUGUCCUGGGGGAGGACGAGGACGAUGUAGAGGAGGACCACAAUGCCACGUACUACAACAUCGCGAGAGCUCCUGCUGUGACGGUGGUGUCUGUAGAUCAGGUGGGGGAACGGAUCAAGGAGCUGCAGGUGCCUGUCGGGGGAUUCCAGGCAGAGUAUCAGAAAUUACCCUCUGACUUCGCCAAACCCUACACGCAUUCCCAACAACCGGAAAACAAGGGGAAAAACAAAUACAGGGGUUAUUAUCCUUAUGACGACACCAGGGUCGUGUUGAAGGAGUUGCCAGACCAACCUGGCUCCGACUACAUCAACGCCAGCUACAUCGACGGCUACUCUCGACCCAAGGCGUACAUAGCAGCCCAAGCUCCCAACAACACGACACUGACUGACUUCUUGAGGAUGAUCUGGGAACAGAACUGUACAAGAAUCGUCAUUCUGACAAACCUCGUGGAAAUGGGAAGGGUCAAGUGUGAAGCAUAUUGGUCAGACACAUCGGACUUGCUGACAGAUGGCUUCACGGUAUCUGUGACCAGCAUCAGUGUUCGAGCUCACUGGAUCGUUAGGGAGUUACAAGUUACACAGAGAGAGACAAACACAAGUCGAUGUUUCCAUCAUUUCCAAUUCACAACAUGGCCGGACCACGGGAUCCCUGAAGAGAUGGCCUUGACUGAGUUUCUGUGGUUGAUCAGGACAUCACGUACCACACAGGCUGACCCUCUACUAGUACACUGCAGUGCUGGGAUCGGCCGGACAGGAACUUACAUCGCCCUGGACUACCUGCUGGACCAGGCUCUGGCUGAAGAUGCGGUGGAUGUGUUUGGUUGUGUCUCGGGGAUGAGAGACCAGAGGAAGGGCAUGAUACAGACCCAGGAGCAGUACACGUGUGUUUACAUCGCUCUGUACGGAGUUCUGGAAUUUGGAAACACAGCCUUGGAAGUGGAGGAAUUUAGCAGACUCAGAAAUAUGAAGAAGGUGUUUAAAAUAGGACGCAUGUCCAUACCAAAGUUAAUACAGAUUCUGAACAGUGAAAGAGAAUCACAGACGAAAACUGGAGCCGCGGUGAAGGGCCGUGUGUGGAUCAAUGGACGCUCAGACAUCAUGGCUGUGAUGACGCCGUCCUACCUGUCAGUGAAUGGCUACCUGUUAACUGACGCCCCCUCCGUCACCACGGCGUCUCUGUUCUGGAAACUCACAGAGGAACAGGAGUCUUCCACUGUCAUUGUCCUGCCAGACUCGCAUCAGCGUCUGUCCAGUUGUGUGCCGUCCGAGGGUGACAGCCUUGAUCUGAGUCCCGUCAAAGUGAGAUGUUCCACGGAGAGCACCAUCAGUCCAGGCAUCGCGCUCAGGAACAUCCACAGGCAGAUUGAGAAUUCUACACCUACACUGGUCGACGUAUACAUUUUGAACAAGUCCCCACACGAAUCACAGGACACUGUGUUCAGCCUCCUGGAACAACUCGCCUAUUCGAGCCCAGUUACUGUCGUUUACCAAGACAACAGACAGAAUGCAGCCAUGUUGUGCAUCCUGAGCAAUAUUGUCCAAGGCCUGAAGUAUGACAAACGAGCUGAGGUCUACAACAACAUGAGAGCGAUGGUCCACUGUCUGGAUCAGGACAUCACAGUAGCUGACGUUGCCCUGUGUUACGACGUGGCCGCAGCUUACAUGGAGUCCGAGAGCAUCUACGCCAACAUGUGAUGAACUUGUUCACUUCUCAGCAAUACUGAUAGAUGCAUAAUUUGAGAAUUUUUGUGUUUUUGCGAUGAGAUCUAUUUUUACUCGGAGGUUUCGAGUUGUUCUUGUGUUAAGGUAUGUUACCACUGUUUCACUGAGCCCAUUGUGUAUAUUAUGUAAUUGUAUAUUUUUUACGAGCCUUACACAUUUUACAGAUCACGCGAGCAGUCCACCUCUCGGGUACUGCAGACCAAGCUUUAAUCAAUAACCACCUAACUCCAGCUUGUAGAUGACGGUAGAUGUGUGCAUACAUAUGUAAAAUACGUAACACUACCAACUGACGAAGCUUAGCAUAAUUCAGUAUUGUUAUACUUGGAGCUACUUGUACAUUCUUCAGAUGUUCUAAUGUUAUAAUGUCUAACUGAAUAUCACAGAGCAAUGUUUGUCAAUCAUGCUAAUUCUAAGUUUAUUGGUUACAUAUGAGGUGAUAAAUAAACUAUAUACUCAAAAUGAAGUGUUUGCUAUUGAUCACAGCUACCGGGAUCUCUUUACGUCUCUCUCUUCAUGCAGCCAGCAGGUUAUAUAGAUGUACAGGACAGUCAA